AUGACCCUGAGACCGUACUGCACCUGCUGUGGCCAGGGCGAGGGGCUGCUCUUCCGGCAGCUCUUUGAGCCCGUGAGCUGCACCUACACCUACCUGCUCGCGGACCUGAAGACCAAGGAGGCGGUUCUGAUCGACCCGGUUCUGGAGACGGCCAAGCGGGACGCGGAGCUGGUGAGGGAGCUGGGCCUCAACUUACUGUAUGCAGCCAACACCCACUGCCACGCCGACCACAUCACGGGCACUGGGCUGCUGAAAAAGAUGCUGCCCGGCUGCCGCAGCGUGAUCUCCCGGGACAGCGGGGCCUUGGCCGACAUCCUCAUCCGCGAGGGCCACGCCCUGGAAUUCGGGGCCUUCGCCCUGGAAGCCCGCUCCACCCCCGGACACACGGACGGCUGCCUGACCUACGUGCUCAGUGACAGGACCAUGGCCUUCACCGGGGAUGCCCUGCUGAUCCGGGGCUGCGGCCGCACCGACUUCCAGCAGGGCUCCCCGGAGACCCUGUACCGCUCCGUGCACGAGAAAAUCUUCACGCUCCCCGGAGACUGUCUGAUCUACCCCGCCCACGACUACACAGGCCAGACGGUGUCCACGGUGGAGGAAGAGAGGACCCUGAACCCCCGACUGACCCUGAGCUGCGAGGCCUUUGUCCAGCUGAUGAACAACUUGAACCUGCCUCAGCCCAAGAAAAUUGAUAUCUCUGUCCCGGCAAACCUGAAGUGCGGGAUCCAGGAUGUGGAGACUUAG